AAAACUUUCCGGGUAAUACGAAUGAUAUUAAUUACACUACAUUUGAUUUUCAUAUUCAACAAUCUUGACAUAGAGACAUUUAGGACUAAAUAAUUUUUAAUUAGGUCUGUCCCACAAUAUCUACUUGAGCAAAAUGGGUAAAAGGAAGAGUUGCAACCAAACAAGCACAACAAACCCCAGCUCUUCCAGAUAUUUAUAUCCUAAUCUCUCUCUACAGGAGAUAUUUUUGCAAACCAAGUCAUGUAUGUUGUAGAUAACCCAAUAACCAUCACAAAAACGCAUUAAAACUAGCCAACACCUCUCAUUCAAAGAACUCAUCAACAAUGGAUGAAGUGGAGGUUUCUGAAUGGGAGGAAGUUCAGUCUCCAUCUCCCAUAUCAGAGUGGGAGACCAUAACUGUUAGAGACAACUAUAUCAAGGACAACCUCAAUGUCUUCCCUCCUAAUAACCACGAAGGUCUUCAAACUUCACCACCAGAUGACCAUCAACAUUCAUCGUCGAUCUCCUCGUUGUCAUCGUCUCCUGUUGUUGAAGAAAGAUCUGAUAAUGAUAAUUGGAGGCGCUUGAGGUCUCGUUUUGAGAUUCUGAAAUCUGGGAUUGUUCGGCUUGCUGACAGAGUUGGGUGCUGUGUGAUAGCUGGAAAGUGUUACUGGUCAUUUGGGGGAUCAGUGGCGGGAGGAGUUGUAUUGUUGUGGUUGCUGUAUAGGAGGGUGUGGAGAUGGCGGGUUCGAAUCUGUGAUGACAGGAAGAAUCAAGUCUGUCAAUUGUUACUUCUUGUCAAAGAGAGAGAUAAGAAGAUAAACGAGCUUUUGCUUCAGAUUGCUCACAUGAAUGAGUUACUAUCAGCACGUCGUAAUGUGCCAGUAAUCCGAGUGUAUUGAUCCUCUCAUUGUGCUUCUAUUUUAUAAUGCUUUAA